AUGAGUCGAGCUUUGCGCAGCUAUCUUGCCAGCUACUGGAGCUCCUCGUCGGCCGAACAGCCCAAAGAUGCCAUCAGGGCUCUGCCAUCAAAUUGGUACACCUCUCAAGAGAUGUACGAACUGGAACGGAGAGCUAUCUUCUCCAGGAAAUGGCAGCUCAUAACCCACAAGGUCAGGUUUCAAAAGGCUGGCGACUGGCUUAGAUAUGAUAUAGCCGGUUUUGACAUAAUUCUCUGCCGCGACAGACAGGGAAACAUCAACGGAUUCCAUAAUGUGUGCCGCCACCGUGCUUAUCCCGUGGUCACAGGAGAUGAAGGAACGGCAAGCAUAUUCUCUUGCAAAUACCACGGGUGGUCGUACGGUCUCAGUGGUAAUCUCGCAAAGGCACCCGGUUAUCAAGAGCUGCCAGACUUCGACCGCAGCAGGAAUAAUUUGUUUCCAAUUCACGUCCACAUUGACUGCAACGGCUUCAUCUGGAUCAACCUUGACGCGAAGAAAACACCUGAGAUAGCCUGGGAAGAUGACUUCGAGGGUAUUGACCGCCAGGAACGAUAUAAGAUGUUCAACUUUGAUGACUACGUCUUUGAUCACACGUGGCAAAUGGAAGGUGCCUACAACUGGAAGAUUCUUGCUGACAACUACAACGAGUGCUACCAUUGCGCAACAACACAUCCAGAUUUACCCGCUGUUGCCAACCUAGAGGCCUACUCUGUCAUCACCGAAGGCACCAAGAUCAUUCACUGCCCUGGCACGACGGAAGAGCAAGCCAAGGCAGGCCUCACUAUUGCUGCCACGUACUACUUCCCCAACGUCUCCACCAACGUCUCCCCGCACUUCUUCAUGAUUCAACGCUUUGUUCCCAAAGGGCCCUCUUCGUCAAUCAUGCGCUAUGAAGUGUAUCGGAACACAAAGUCGACGCCGGAACAAUUCAAAGCCGUCGACGAGAUCUACAAGCGCGUCAUGUCGGAAGACAAAGCGUUGUGCGACGCUGCGCAAAAGAACCUGAACGCCGGCGUGUUCGUCAACGGAGAGCUUCACCCCAGGCUGGAACAGGGGCCCCUUCAUUUCCAGUCGCAGGUGCGAGAGACCGUGACCGAGCACUACAAGAAGGAGCAAGCGGCAAAGAAGGAGAUACAUCCUGCACGACAGGAGAUGCCAAACUCGAAGGCCGGCGAGGUGAGCAAGGAGGACAUCAUGUUCUGCUCUGGGCUGGCCUGCGGAACGACGAACCCAAGGCUAGUGUGGUAGGCGCCAUGUUUCUUAACCUGCAUUUCGAUACAUAGCGAUGGGCGUGGGGACAAUUUUUCCGUCGGUGACAAAAGGGU